AUGGACCCGCCGCCCUCUGGCCAGUGGCUGCGGGCCCGCGGCUUGGAUUUCAGCCACUCGCGGACUGCUCCAGCGGCCGGAGCCCCAGGGCCGGCAGGGGUGGAGAGCUCCGCCCGCCGAGGGCUGACCACCUCCCUGUCCUCACUGGGGCUGCCCGGCCCUGUGCCCCGCCUCCCGGCCCCUGCGCCGCUCAGGCUCUCUCCUCAUCGUGCCCCACGCCAGGGCCCCCAGACCCAGUGCACGGACUCACCAGCCCAGCUCCUUCCCGACGUCGAGAAAGCUGCUGGUGGAAAACUCAGCGAGGCCGCAACCCGAUCGCAGCCCUCCGCCCCAGCGGCCGCCAGAUCCCCUGCCAGAUCCAGUUACUGCUUCUCUGAUUCCUGGUGCCAGGAGCCCAGCAAGGCCCCCCAACUCCGGCAGCCUGGAGCUGGAAUCCCGCGCCAUCCCCCUCAGCCAUCCCCGGGCUACAGCCGGCAGCCCAGGACCUGCACCUGCCCCAGGGUGGCCAGGGUGGGGAAGGUGGCACCAGGGGACGUGGGGCCAAGGAGUGGCCCCGUGUGCCCUGGUGCCCCCAUCCUGGCAUCCAGGCCCCAGCCAGGGUCACGCUCGCUCACGUCGGGCCAGGCGGCCUGGCUGUGCGGGGCCGGGAGGGGGCCCCGGUCCGCGGAGUGUGAGCAUGGAGCAGGGGCCGUCCUGAAGCCGGCGGGCAGUCAGACCCAGGGGCGCUCAUGGACGUCACGUGCCCAGUGGGAGGAAGCCCAGCUGCCAGGCGCUAAGUGGGCUCCAGGCAGCCGCUUGGUGGCAGAGCCAGAAGUGGCUGUGGCCUCUCGGUCCCUGGGGCCCUGCACCCCAGCCGCUGGGGCGCUGCGGCUCUCACCCGCCUUCCUGUCCCACCGGGUCCCAGGCACUGUGCCGUCCCAUGGCCAAACCACUCUGGCCAGCGCCCUUCUGGGCCUCUGCCCCCAGGGCUCCUCUGCCCCUCCCUGGGCACCGGCUGAGGUCACCGGCCACUCCCAUCGCUCUCUGGCGACAGUGACUCGGGGACUGGCCAGCAGUGCCAGGCGCCUCCCCGGCCCGGUCCGCGGCUGUGCGGGCCGCUCCCGGCGCAGACAGGUGCCGCGCGGACUCCUGGCCCAGCCCCGCUGGCGGGACCCACCUGGCGGCGCACCCGGGGACAGCACCCGGCGGGCCGCCGAGCGCGGCGCCGGCUCCUGGCUUGGGCCUCCAAGCUCGCCGGUUUCCCGUCCGGGGUCACUGGCGCUGACCUCCGAGGGCGCGGGGAAAGCGAGAGCCGGGACCCGGCGCCCGGAGGCGGAGGGGGGCGCGAGUACUGGGCGGCCCGGGCACCGCCCCCUGACCAAGCGGGGACCCGUGGCCGCGGGCGCGGUCAGCGAGCGAGCGAGCGCCCCGGGCCCGCCCACCGGUCUCCCAGGCGCCCCGCCACCGCCCCCCCCGCGGGCCACGCACCCCGCCCGGGGGUGGGCGGGGCCUAGUCCGCCCCGCCCCUCGCCGGGCCCGCCCCCCGCACGCCGCAAGCCUUUCCCGGGAAGCGGCGGCGGGAGAAGGAGGCCGCUGCGAAGGGCGGGGAGGCAGGUCCGGAGCCCCGGCGCGACCCCAGCCUGGCCCUACAUCCUCCCACUCCGCCAGCCCCUGGGACAGCGGCGGGGACGACGGAGCGCCCAGAGCAGCGUCCUCCCGCCGGUGUUCCCGCCCUGGUCCGCCUUCUAG